CUGAUAGGAGCGCAGCAGCGCAUCAAUCCUGACUCAUUCACUGAAACUUAUCAGUAUAAAUGAAAAUGUUGAGCCGCUCGCUCUUUGCGCACGCGGCCCUGCUGCUGCUGCUGCUGCUGGGUCCACUCCCUCUGUGGUCAGGGCUGGUGUCGGCCGAGUAUUCCACUAAAUCCGAACCGGACUACGAGUUCGGUGACUACCGGGGGAAGUGGUGUCUUGAUGAUCACGGUUUUGUCUUCAGCAUCGGAGAGGUUUACUACCCGAGCCGCGUGGCGUGUCCGUGCACGUGCACAGUGGACGGUCCGGUGUGCGUCCGACCCAGAUGUCCCCGCAUCCACCCCCGGUGCACGCGGAUCAGUUACAAGGCAUGCUGCCCGGUGUGCGAGGCUUUGACCAAAGUCUGUGUCYACGGAGGGAAAACUUACCGACUUCUGGAAGAGUUUAUGGUCCAAACUGCUUUGCUGGGAGCAGGGUGAUCCCAGCAGGGGAGCGUGUGAACAUCGAUGAGAGGACUGUAUGCUACUGCACCUACAGGGAUGGAACAUGGCACACCCACCCCCAGGCCACCUGCGAACACCACCCCCAGUCCAGUCCAACCCUCAACACGCACACUGAGCCCCCCAGAGAUGAGGACACCAGAGCGGGAAGAGGGAGACUGUUUCCCAGACUAGAUUUGAUACCUUAAGUUGGAAAUUUUAAACCAGAUGUUUACAUUUAUGGGAUAAAAAUACCCUGAACCAUUUUUUUCUCACUAUCUGAUAUUAAAUCAGACUAAAUCAUUCUGAUUUUGGGUUAGCUUGAUCCCUAAAAUUUAUAUUUUUAAUGCCUGGAAAAUUAGAUAAUUUAUUUCCCUCUAGAAUUCUUUAUUUAUUCUGUUAUUGUUUAUUAGUCUGUACACGUCUAGGAACUGAGGAGACCAGCKGCUGGAGUAUUUGGAGGGAUUGUUGUCUCGUUUGUGUCUGAUGUAAGAUUUUAGAUGUUCAACAGUCUUUUUUGAUUGGGUGGCUGUAGUUAGAGUUGUCCUCCAACAAGAAAGUCAGAGGUUUGAUUCCAUCAGUGUUCAGUCACAUGUCAAAGUGUCCCUGCAAGACRCUGAGACCCUCACUGCCUGCGAUGUGAGCCCCACCACUGUGUCUGAUAUCUAAAGCACCAAUAAAACUCCAUAAUAAGACAAUAAAAAGACAAUUCUAUGUCUUAUUCAGAUUAGCUGCAGAGAUGCAAUGUGUGUGGAUGACUAAACGAGGGCACAGGUUGUGUUGUGAAGCACUUUAAGUAGCCCUGUUGACUACAAAGUUGCUGUAUGUACAGUCAUGUUUCACUUGAUGGACUUUUCAUCAAGUGAAACAUGUUUUCAGUUGGUGGCCCAGCAUACUCCAUGGAACUGAACGGUCGAGUCCCCUCUUGAUUGAUGUUUGUCUUUUUACACCUUUCAGAGUCCCUGAAACAAAUCUGCUCCUGCUGCUGCACACAUCACAGUACAGGUUUCUUCACACUUGGAGACUCCACUUCAGUGCCAACCAUUUGGCCACAAAUCUGUUACGGAUUGAGUGCAAUAUUUCUUUUUUUUUUUUGACAGACAGAUUCCUCAGUGCACAAUGUCCUGUAUGUGCUCUCCCCRUCCUUGAGUUUUUCUUUAUUUGACUACAUUUACAAGCGUAUGUAAGAGUCACAUAAAUGGACUUUCUUUCUGACUGACACAGAGAACUGCUUCUCAAAACUGUUAUUUUGACUGGAGACAGACCAGUACAGUACCCCGAAGUCUACUACUACAAAGCCAUGCUGUUGUAACACAUGCAACUUGGUUUAGCAUCAUCUUGCUGAAAUAUGCAAGGUCUUCCCUGAAAUAGAUUUAAUCUGGAUAGGAGUGUUUGUUGUUCUAAAUCCUGUGUAUACUUUUAUGAAGUGAUGGUGAAAUGUGUAAGCUAACAACGCCAGAGACACUAAGCAACUCCAUACCAUCAGAGAGGCAGGCAUUUGAAAUGUGCAUUGAGUUACAACAGGUAAUAAAAGAAAAGUAAAAUCUCUUAGUUAAAACAUUUCAUAUAUUUACUGUUUCAUUGUGAACAAAAUAUGGGUUCAUGAUA